CCCUCCCCUCCGCAGAACGCCACCAAAAAUGGAGGCCACCAGUAGUACUACACUAGCGCUCUCCUCGCCGCCCACCGCCGCCGCCCGCCGCUCGCCGGCGAAGGCGAUCGUCGCCUCCCACCACCUGCGCCACUCCUCCGUCCCCGCCCUUCACCUCCGCGCGGUCCCCGGCCCCUCCUUCCGCGCCCUCCCCUCACCCGGCUUCCCGGGAUGGAGGAGGAAGAGGGGAAGCGGGCUGGUUGUGCGGGCAGAGAUGUUUGGGCAGCUCACGACCGGGCUGGAGUCCGCGUGGAACAAGCUGCGGGGAACAGAUCAACUGACGAAGGACAACAUCGCUGAACCAAUGCGGGAUAUCAGAAGAGCACUUUUGGAGGCAGAUGUGAGUUUGCCGGUAGUGAGAAGUUUUAUUGAGUCCGUUACUGAAAAAGCUGUAGGCACUGAUGUGAUUCGAGGUGUCAAGCCUGAGCAACAGCUGGUGAAGGUUGUGAAUGAUGAACUUGUACAGUUGAUGGGUGGGGAGGUAUCAGAUUUGGUGUUUGCAAAAACUGCCCCAACAGUUAUCCUAUUGGCGGGUCUACAAGGUGUUGGGAAAACUACUGUUUGUGCAAAGCUUGCCUAUUAUCUAAAGAAAAUGGGGAAGAGUUGCAUGCUGAUUGCUGCGGAUGUCUACAGGCCUGCUGCCAUUGAUCAACUCACUAUUCUGGGGAAACAGGUUGGGGUUCCAGUUUACUCUGAAGGAACUGAAGCUAAACCUUCACAAAUUGCCAAGAAUGGCAUAAAGGAGGCAAAAAGCAAGAAAACUGACGUAAUCAUAGUGGAUACUGCUGGAAGGCUGCAGGUAGAUAAAGCCAUGAUGAGUGAGUUGAAAGAGGUAAAAAGGGCAGUAAAUCCUACAGAAGUUCUACUUGUGGUGGAUGCCAUGACUGGACAAGAAGCUGCAUCAUUGGUUAGCACCUUCAAUGUUGAGAUUGGUAUUACUGGUGCUAUACUGACAAAACUGGAUGGUGAUUCCAGAGGUGGAGCAGCACUAAGUAUCAAAGAGGUAUCUGGAAAGCCCAUCAAGUUUGUAGGGCGAGGAGAACGCAUGGAAGAUCUUGAGCCUUUCUAUCCUGAUCGUAUGGCACAACGAAUCUUGGGAAUGGGAGAUGUACUUUCAUUUGUUGAAAAGGCACAGGAAGUGAUGCGUCAAGAAGAUGCUGAGGAAUUACAGAAGAAGAUCCUGAGUGCAAAAUUUAACUUCAAUGACUUCUUGAAGCAAACACAAGCUAUCGCACAAAUGGGUUCAUUUAGUCGUAUAAUUGGCAUGAUUCCAGGCAUGAACAAGGUUACCCCUGCUCAAAUUCGUGAAGCGGAGAAAAACCUUAAAUUUAUGGAGUCCAUGAUCAACGUAAUGACCCCUGAGGAAAGGGAAAGACCAGAGCUACUUGCUGAAUCACGCGAGAGGAGGAUAAGAGUGGCCAAGGAAUCCGGAAAAAACGAACGACAGGUGAGCCAAUUGGUUGCGCAGCUCUUCCGAAUGCGUGCUCAAAUGCAGAAAAUGAUGGGUGCUAUGCAAGGGCAAGACACCCCUGAUAUGGAAGGCCUCAUGGAUUCCAUCAAGGCAGAAGAGCAGGCUGCCGCUGGUACUGGAAAGCGAAGGAGAAAGUAUGGCAAUCUGAGGCGGCGAGACCUGGAUGCAAUGCGCGGUUUCCGUCGACGAUGAAUGUUCAUUGGCUCUUUCUGAACCAAAGUGUUUUGAUGCCAGUUACAUGUAUAGGAAGCGAGAAUUUGGAUGCUUUUGGGGAGCUACUGGUUUGCUGUGAUCACCAUGUAGUUUCUGUUGUAAUUUUUUUCUUUUUUUGAAAAGACGUACUAGUAUAUCGGUAUAUGUUGUAUUUUUGGCCAUCAAUUUAGCUCAUAAGUUGUGUUCCUUGCCCA